AUGGGUCAGGUUUCCAUUAAUGGACACUGUUACAACUAUGUAGCAUAUGGAGGGUUCUGCGAAUACAGCAAACAAUGCAAUUAUCUUGGAAGUAUUUGCUUCCAGAAGCGUUGUGUUUGCCCACCGGGACAGUUAUACAACGGAAAGCAGUGUAUCAAUGAUCCGAAUAUUCCAAAUGGUAAUUAUACAUUUUUUUAA